CUCUCUCUCUCUCUCUCUGAAACACAGACACACACACCGUCUCACACACAACACACGCACACAUAGAACGUGGUGGUUAAGACCAUAAACACACAGUUGGCUAGACAGGAAAAGAAAACGAACAGACGGACAAAACAGACAGACAACUCAGGAGGACCGGUUCCUUUCUCUCCACAAGUCAACCCUUUCGUCUAGAACUCAGAUGGAGUUUGCCUGCAGUCAUGUAGUGUGUAACUGGAGACCAGAGAGUGUAGAGGCGAGGUCAGGUGAGGGGGGGAGCCCAGGUCUAGGUGAACCCCUCGGGCUGUCUGUCAAAGAGCACAUGUACGACAAUCGCAUCGCGGUCAUCUCCCGGUCAGAACCGGGUAUAAUGCCUCCAGCUCUGCCCCCUCGACAGUUUGGUUCUCAGAAGCCCCACCCCCAACCCACUGUUCUGCCUCCCCUGCCUUCCUCUCUUCCCUCCCUGCCUCCCCCUCUACCACCCCGAGGUGUGGAAGGCCAAGGAGAGCAGAGCAUCAGGCUGAAGGCUAAUGUUAACGUUCUCUCUCUCAGUGUUGGACGUCUGGUAGACAUGAGUAGAGCAUCUGGCAUCCAGAGCACUCAGAGUCCUGUGAAGCAUUGUGGGAGAUGUAGUGCUGCCCUGUCCUCCCUGAGCUCUGUACAAAGCACACAGGAUACUGCCGUGUGGCAGUGUGAGUUCUGUGGUCUCCAGAACAACUUGUCUACCCCAGACCUGAGAGUUGGUUCCAAGGUGGGCCCGAAGGUUAGAGGAGCUCCUAGAGGGAGAGAUGUGAUCUACCUCCCCCGUCAGACUGACCAGGACUACGAGAACCUGGAAGAUGUCAUGGUGGUCUUCUGUGUUGACAUAUCUGGGAGCAUGAGCGCCACCUCUGAGGUCUCCCCAGGGAAUGCUAUGAGGUCACCAACCUAUGUCUCCAGACUCCAGAGUAUUCAGGAUGCCCUCCAGAGGGCGCUGUCCUCUAUGCUGCAGACCUCACCUCACCGCAGAGUUGCCAUGGUUACCUUCAAUGACCAGGUAGUAGUGUAUGGUGAUGGUUCAGGUGUACCAGUCUCUCUGAGGGACUGGGCUCUAGUUGAUUCUGACUACCUGAGACAACAGGGUCAACAGUACAACACUCCACACUGUAUAGCUGAGAGCUACCAACACCUCUCACUGAGAGUCAAAGAGCUGAGGGAGCAUGGAGCUACAGCGCUGGGUCCUGCUGCCUUGGUCUCCGUUGCCAUGGCGUCUCGAUACGUGGGGUCAAAGGUGAUCCUGUGUACAGACGGGCGAGCUAACAUCGGAUUGGGUCUAAUGGAGGAGAGUCCUGCCCCUUUCUCCUCCCCCCAGUCACCUUACUUCUACAGACAGCUAGCCCACGAGGCAGCUAACAGUGGUGUGAUAGUUUCGGUGAUGACCUUUGAGGGAACAGACUGCAGGUUGGCUGAGGUGGGACUACUGGCAGACCAGACUGGAGGCAGGGUGAAUAUAGUAAGCAUCGGUACCGUAGCAACAGAGAUCCAGUCAGCUCUGGCCGACAACAUCCUAGCAACGGGUGUCAUGGCAACGCUACUAGCAGCUGACGGCGUGUAUUUCCCCUAUGAGGAGGAGUGUAACCACCGUCUAGUAAGGGAGAUAGGGAACGUAACAGAAGCAGUAGAAAUCACCUUUCAGUUCGCCUGCAAGCCUGACAGCGUAGAGGAUAUCAUGCGUAGAGCCAGACUACCGUUCCAGCUCCAGCUGUCCUUCACCACCAGAGAUCAACAGAAAGUAACACGCAUCAUUACUGAACAGAGACGGGUUACAACCAGCAGCUGGGUGUGGGCAGGCAGUCUGAACAUGUCAGUGUUAGGGGUCCACUGUGCCCAGCUGUGUGCCAGGUUAACUAUGGAGGGAAGAGUCCAUGAGGCACAGAGACAACUCAGAGCACAGCAGAAUCUGCUCAAAGACAUCAGGUAG